UGUUAACUGUACACCACUGACUGGGAGGCCAAAGCAGCUCAUGGCCAUCCGCUGUACACUGGUAAAUUGCACGUGUGAAUGUUUUCAACCGGGGAAGAUUAACCUGAGAACCUGUGAUCAGUGUAAACAUGGCUGGGUGGCACAUGCCUUGGACAAGCUUAGUACUCAGCACCUCUACCACCCAACCCAAGUGGAGAUUGUGCAGUCCAACGUCGUGUUUGACAUCAGCAGCCUGAUGCUCUACGGUACCCAGGCCGUGCCUGUGAGACUGAAGAUACUACUUGACCGACUUUUCAGUGUGCUGAAGCAGGAGGAGGUGUUGCAUAUUCUACAUGGCUUAGGCUGGACUCUGCGGGACUAUGUCCGGGGCUACAUCCUUCAGGAUGCUGCAGGCAAGGUGCUGGACCGCUGGGCCAUCAUGUCCAGGGAAGAAGAGAUCAUUACCCUUCAGCAGUUUCUGAGAUUUGGAGAAACCAAAUCCAUUGUGGAGCUGAUGGCAAUUCAAGAAAAAGAAGGGCAGGCUGUGGCUGUGCCAUCUUCAAAGACAGAUUCAGAUAUAAGGACUUUUAUUGAAAGCAAUAAUCGCACCAGGAGCCCGAGUCUCCUUGCUCACCUGGAGAAUAGCAACCCUUCCAGCAUUCAUCAUUUCGAAAACAUCCCGAACAGCCUUGCAUUUUUACUUCCAUUCCAGUACAUAAAUCCAGUCUCUGCUCCACUGCUGGGGCUGCCUCCAAACGGCCUCCUGUUGGAACAGCCAGCAAUGAGGCUGCGUGAACCAAGCCUUACAACCCAAAAUGAAUAUAAUGAGAGCAGUGAGUCUGAAGUUUCCCUCUCUCCUGUCCAGACAUCAACUCCUGUCAAUGAUUUAUCCAAAACAGAGCACACAAAAAGCUCAUUCCGCAUUCACAGGAUGAGAAGAAUGGGGUCUGCUUCGAGGAAGGGAAGAGUGUUUUGCAAUGCAUGUGGUAAAACUUUCUAUGACAAAGGUACUCUGAAAAUCCACUACAAUGCCGUUCACCUGAAAAUCAAGCACCGGUGCACUAUUGAAGGCUGCAAUAUGGUCUUCAGUUCACUCAGAAGUCGUAAUCGUCACAGUGCAAACCCCAACCCUCGCCUCCACAUGCCUAUGCUAAGGAAUAACCGAGACAAAGAUUUAAUUCGUGCUACAUCCGGUGCCGCCACUCCUGUCAUAGCAAGUACCAAGUCCAGUCUAACUUUAACAAGCCCUGGGCGUCCACCGAUGGGAUUUACCACUCCUCCUCUAGACCCUGUACUACAGAACCCUCUUCCUAGUCAGCUGGUGUUUCCAGCUUUAAAGACUGUCCAACCUGUUCCUCCUUUUUACAGAAAUUUACUUACUCCUGGGGAGAUGGUGAGUCCACCAACAUCCCUUCCCACCAGUCCCAUAAUACCAGCAGUGAGCAGCAUGGAGCAGCAUCCUCCUCCUCCUUCAGAGUCAUCUGUACCUUCAGUGCUGAUGCCCACCCCGGAGCCUAAUGCUGAUCUUGCCCCUAAGAAGAAGCCAAGGAAGUCAAGCAUGCCAGUUAAAAUAGAAAAGGAAGUUAUCGAUACUGCUGAUGAGUUUGAUGAUGAUGAGGAGGAGGUGAACGACAGCAGCACAAUGGUGAAUGAUAUUGGUCAUGACAAUCACUGCCAUUCUCAGGAGGAAAUGAGCCCUGGUCUGUCAGUGAAAGACUUUUCCAAGACUGACAGAAGCAGAUGCAUUUCCAGACCAGAGAUAAGAAGGGCAGAUAGCAUGACUUCAGAAGACCAAGAGCAUGAGCGAGACUACGAAAAUGAGUCGGAGUCCUCAGAGCCCAAACUGUGCGAGGAAUCCAUGGAAGGUGACGAUCGCCUGCAUGAACCUGGUGAGAAAUCCAUGAUGCAUGGUGACAGGCCAGAUGAAAACCACAAUGACUCUUCUAACCAGGAUGUCAUUAAGGUGAAGGAAGAGUACACAGACCCUACAUACGAUAUGUUUUACAUGAGCCAAUAUGGACUGUACAAUGGAGGCAGUGCCAGUAUGGCAGCCCUUCAUGAAAGUUUCGCUUCCACAUUCAACUACAGCAGCCCUCAGAAGUUCUCCCCUGAAGGCGAGCUCUGCUCAAGCCCAGACCCCAAGAUCUGCUAUGUGUGCAAGAAGAGUUUCAAGAGUUCCUACAGCGUGAAGCUUCACUACAGAAACGUUCAUUUAAAAGAGAUGCAUGUCUGCACGGUGGCUGGCUGUAAUGCUGCCUUCCCAUCACGGAGAAGCAGAGACAGACACAGUGCUAACAUAAACCUGCAUCGUAAACUGUUGACCAAAGAACUGGAUGACAUGGGCCUGGACUCCUCACAGCCUUCUCUUAGCAAAGACCUCCGUGACGAAUUUUUGGUGAAGAUCUACGGCGCCCAGCAUCAGAUGGGGCUUGACAUACGGGAAGCCGCCUCCUCACCUGCCGGUACUGAGGAUUCCCACAUGAAUGGGUAUGGCAGGGGCAUGUCGGAGGACUACAUGGUUCUGGACCUGAGCACCACCUCCAGCAUCCAGUCCAGCAGCAGUAUCCAUUCCUCCAGAGAAUCUGAUGCAGGCAGCGACGAGGGCAUUCUCCUGGACGACGUCGAUGGGGCAAGUGACAGCGGGGAAUCUGCCCACAAAGCAGAUGCCCCUGCCUUAGCUGUAGGUAUGGGCACCGAUGUCCCCGGAUCCCUCAUGUUCAACAGUGUUUCGGUGAGCAACGGUGGGAUAAUGUGUAACAUUUGCCACAAAAUGUACAGCAACAAGGGGACCCUCAGAGUGCACUAUAAAACAGUGCACUUGCGAGAGAUGCACAAAUGCAAAGUCCCUGGGUGCAACAUGAUGUUCUCCUCUGUUCGCAGCCGAAACCGGCACAGUCAGAACCCCAACCUGCAUAAAAACAUUCCC